AUGCAACAACAAAAUUAUAAAUAUCAACCAAAAAGAUCUGACUAUACAAGAAAAAGAUCAUACCAAGACACUACUUCAUUAGAAACUAAUAAAAUUGUAGCAAAAAUAAAUCCUAUUGCUAAUUUGAAUAAUAAGAGAUAG